AUGAGUUUGAUAAUAGUUCUGAUGGGUUCAAGGCGGGAAUUCAGUGUCAAGGAUGACUCUCAGGUUUCUUUCUUUAAAAACGGGAUUUUAGGAGGAAGUACAGCGGAUGUGGGUGUGAAAGCAGCUAGAAACUUCAUCAGUUUGGCGAUUCAUGAAGAUGUCUCUGGCCCCAAUGUAAAGUAUGUGAUCAACUUGAGUGAAUCUGAUGGAAACAAAACACAGGUGAUGGAGUUUGUUCUCAUGGGACUUACAGAUCUUCCAGGGCUGCAGGUCCCCCUGUUCCUGGUGUUCUUGGUCAUCUACCUCACUACCAUGGUGGGCAACCUCGGACUGAUUUUUCUCAUCUGGAAGGACCCCCAUCUUCAUACCCCCAUGUACUUACUCCUUGGCAGUUUGGCCUUUGCAGAUGCUUGUUCCUCCACCUCUGUGACUCCCAAGAUGCUGAUGAAUUUUUUAUCCAACAAUCACUUGAUAUCCCUGGUUGAAUGCAUCACCCAAUUUUAUAUUUUUGCUUCCAGUGCAAACACUGAAUGUUUCCUUCUGGUAGUGAUGGCCUAUGAUCGCUAUGUAGCUAUAUGUAAUCCUUUGCUUUAUCCAGUGGUGAUGUCCAAUAUCUUUUGCAUUCGGUUAUUAGGUGUUUCAUAUAUUAUAGGGUUUCUUCAUCCUAUGAUGCACACCGGUUUGUUAUUUAGAUUAACUUUCUGCAAGUCCAAUGUAAUACAUUAUUUCUACUGUGAAAUUUUACAACUGUUUAAGAUUUCCUGUACUGACCCUAGAGUUAAUAUGCUCUUAAUUUUUAUAUUUUCAGUCUUUAUACAAUCCUUCACCUUUAUGACUAUUAUCAUCUCUUACUCCCAUGUCCUCUUUGCCAUCCUGAAAAAGAAGUCUGAAAAGGGCAGGAGCAAGGCCUUCUCCACAUGCAGCGCCCACUUGCUCUCUGUCUCUUUGUUCUAUGGCACUCUCUUCUUCAUGUAUGUGCGUCCUGGGUCUGGCCCAGCUGAAAAUCAAGAUAAAAUGUAUUCUGUAUUUUACACAAUCAUAAUUCCCCUGCUAAAUCCUUUUAUUUACAGUUUGAGAAACAAAGAGGUUUUAAAUGCCUUGAGGAGAAUAAUAAAAUAUAAAUAG